AUGACAAUCGUCCUUCAUGCUACCAUUUUAUUUCUGGCAUUUACAUUAACCAUUCUCCUUUUCAAGAAAAGAACAAGUACUCCAAAGUUACCUCCUAAAGCAUGUUUACCACCUGGCCCUAAACCAUGGCCAAUUAUUGGCAAUAUUUUUAUAAUGAUGAGAAAUAGACCGUUUUUUCGAUGGGUGCACGACACCAUGUCGAAAAUGGGCUACGAGAUCUUUUGCAUCCGCCUAGGGAGUGUGCAUGUGAUAGUGGUUACCUCCCCAGAGAUUGCAUGCAUGUUUAUGAGGAAACAAGACGAAAACUUCGCAUCACGUCCUUCGUUCCUAUCAUCAGAGCUAGGGAGCGGCGGUUUUUUCACGACGGCCUUUUCUACUUAUGGUGACCAAUGGAAAAAGAUGCGACGUGUAAUGGUCUCUACCAUUCUUUCUCCGACAACCCUACAAUGGAUGCACAACAAAAGAGCUGAGGAAGCUGACCAUCUUGUUCAUUAUGUCUACCAUGUUAUCAAGAAUAAUGGUGGUGUAGUCAAUGUCAGAGUGGCAGCACAACACUUUUGUGGAAAUAUGAUGAGAAAUAUGAUUUUUAGUAAGAGGGUUUUUGGGAAAGGAACUAUAAAUGGGGGACCAGGACCUGAAGAAGAGGAGCAUGUCGCUGGGAUUUUCACUAUACUCAAGUGUUUGAACAACUUCUGCAUUUCUGACUAUUUUCCGUUUCUUCGACGUAGAAUGGAUCUCGACGGGAAUGAGAAAAGAACACGACAAGGUAUUGAGAAUGUGAGAAAAUAUCAAGACCCGCUAAUAGAUACGAGAAUAGAACAAUGGAAAAAUGGGACAAGAAAAGAGAAACAUGAUCUUCUUGAUUUACUUAUCACUCUAAAGAAUGGCAAUGGAAACGUUCUAUUGACAUCAAAGGAGAUCAAAGCCCAAAUUUUGGAAAUAAUGCUAGCAACUGUUGACAAUCCAUCAAAUGCUACUGAAUGGGCUCUCGGUGAGAUGAUAAACCAACCAGAAACACUAGUAAAAGCCGUUCAAGAACUAGACCAUGUAAUCGGAAAGGACAGACUUGUCCAAGAAUCUGACCUGCAUAACCUCAAUUACAUUAAAGCAUGUGUCAAAGAAGCUUUUCGUCUCCAUCCAGUUACCCCAUUCAAUGUCCCACACGUGUCAAUUUCUGACACUAUGGUGUCUGGUUACUUCAUACCUAAGGGAAGCCACGUUCUUUUGAGUCGCCCAGGACUGGGGCGUAACUCUAGGAUAUGGGAUGAACCACUUCGAUUCAAGCCUGAGCGUCACCUUAAAUAUGACAGCUCUCGUGUGACAUUGACUGAUCCAAAUCUCCACCUUUUGUCAUUUGGUAUAGGUCGACGUGGUUGUCCUGCAAUAAACCUAGGAUCUACCCUUUCAAUUAUGCUUCUAGCUCGACUUCUUCAAGGUUUUUCAUGGAGCCCGCCACCAAACACUACUUCCAUUGAGCUUGUAGAGGCUAACGAUGACUUGGGUCUCUUGAAACCUCUACAUGCUUUUGGAAAGCCACCACUAGUAAAAAAUGUGUUUUUAACGGCGAAAUUUUACGGCGGUAUUUAA